GAACGCGGUUAGCUCGAAGUUGAAGAGCUUUGUCCAUUAUUUUUAUUUUCUCGAAGUAUUCUGUGUUUAAGAUGAAACCUUCAAGCACUGCUUCGCCGUAUCCACGAAAGACGCCAAGAAAAACGCCACGUAAACCGUCAAAAUCGAAGCCUACUGACCCAGUCGAGGUAUUCUGUCGCAUACGACCUCUCCACGACAACGAAGAGGAACUCUGUGUCGAAGUUGUUAGCAAAAAUACCAUUCAACUUAAUCCACCACAGAAUUCCCAGGGGUUCAAAUCUGGACACAGAGUAACAGCGACCCAACAUUCAUUUAAACAAGUGUUUGAUGAGGAUAGCAUUCAGAAGAAUGUAUUUGACACUGUUGCCCUUGAUAUUGUCCAUGAUCUGAUUCACGGAAAAAAUGGUCUUAUUUUUGCCUAUGGUAUCACCGGGUCUGGAAAGACGUACACAAUGACUGGAAGUCAAAGCGAUGGAGGUUUAUUACCAAGAGGACUGGAUGUUCUCUUCAACAGUAUUGGAGGUUUUCAAACCAAACCCUGUGUGUUUACUCCUGACAAAAGCAAUGGAAUGGACGUUCAAAGUGAAUCAGAUGCAAAACUUGAUCAUGACAGAAAACAAAAAGAGAUGGCUCUUCUGGCUCUGGGCAAGAACAGAGGUAAUGAUGAUGAUAUCACUGACAUGGUCAGAGUUCCAGAUUGCUUCAAAUUUGAUGAUGUUGACGAAGAUAACGGAUAUGCUGUGUUUGUUUCUUACGUGGAAAUUUACAAUAAUUUCAUCUAUGAUCUUCUCGAGGACAACAAACAAGACCUCAUUUGCCCAAAGGCUCCGGUCUCCAAGCAGCUUCGAGAGGAUAACAACAGGAAUAUGUACGUGCAGGGGGUUACUGAAGUGGAAGUGAAGAGCACAGAAGAAGCUUAUGCCAUGUUCUGGAAAGGUCAAAAGAAACGUCGUGUUGCGAACACUCAAUUAAACCUUCAGUCGAGCCGUAGUCACAGCGUGUUUACAUUGAAACUAGUGCAAGCACCUCUGGACCCUGAUGGAGAAAGCGUUCUUUUGGACAAGGAGGAAGUACGUGUCAGCACGUUGUCGAUGUGUGAUCUUGCUGGAUCAGAGAGGACAAACAGAACAAAAGCUGAUGGUGACAGGUUAAAAGAAGCAGGCAAUAUCAACAAAGAUCUGAUGAAUUUGCGUUCUUGCCUGGAAAUCCUACGCGAAAAUCAAGCUAGCGCGGACGGCUCGCAAACGGGAAAGAUGGUCCCUUACAGAGAGAGCAGACUGACGCAUCUUUUCAAGAAUUUCUUUGACGGUGAAGGAAAGGUCCGAAUGGUGGUGUGUUUGAACCCUAGUGCCAAAGAAUAUGACGAGAGCGUGCAUGUUAUGCGAUUUGCAGAAAUCACGCAGGAAGUUGUUGUCGCACGGCCAACCGGAAUCAAUUCAAACACUGGGCUUGCUCCUGGCAGGAGAAAAGCAAACCAAAUGUUUAAACAAGCAUUACAAAAUAUCAAAGUGGAUGGAUCAGAUGGAAUCGACAAUCCUUUGCUUUUGAAACCCAUCACGACAUUUCCUCCGUUCCCACUGAUGGAGAUGACGAACUCUGAGGAUUGCAUAACGUUGGUGAACCUGCUGAAAUAUCUUCAGGAGCGUGAGCAGAGAAGGGCCACGCUUGAGAAAGAUUUGCAGAGAAAACGAGCGACCUUUAGACAAGAACUCGCAAAGCUUGACAGUCAAACAUCUGACAAGGACAAGAUAAUAACCGAGCUUCAAGCAUCGAAUCUCGAAAAGGAGAGAGAGAUUCAGAAACUGGAAAGAAAGUUAAAGAUGUUCUCGCAAAAGAACGAUGCAUUGGUCAAAACCAAUCAACAACAUCAAGAGAACGAAAAGGGAUUGCAGACUGAGCUGGAUGAACAACGCAAGACGAUAUCAAAGGAGAAACAGGACCGAAUAAAACUAAAACAGACUCUGAAGGGCGUUGUUACACAAGAACGGGAUAAAUGGCAAAAGGAAUGCAACAAACGUGUGAAAGAUAAAGAACUGGAGAUGGAGACCAAGAUCAUAAAAAGCGAGGAAAAAUUACGCCAGCUCAAGGAAAUUGUCUAUAAAGGUGAAAAGAAAAAUGUUCGUCCUUCAAGUCGUGGAAAAGGAUUUUUCAGAUCUCGAUCUCCGCCACCAGUCGCUAAAAAGCCGCCCGUGAAGCUUCGUCACCGUCGUUCAAAAUCGUCUGAUUGUUGGCUCGAACACAAACCUGCCGAGAACUUUGAAACAGAAACGAUUCUUCGCCCGGUGUUGAAAAACAAGAAGACUGUGAAUGUUCCAGAAGAGAAGCACUUCAAAGAAUCCCAGGCUACCAACUACGUACUCGAACACCAGGAGGCCGACUCUCAGGGAGAGUUAGAAACAAAAUUGAUUAAGGGUGAUAUUUACAAAACAACUGGUGGAGGACGUUGCGUACAAUUCACGGACGUUGAAACACUGAAAACGAACUUCGAUGUCGCCCGCAGUCCAGAAAGAAAACGAAGUUAUCCUGAAGAGGAUUUUGAUGAAGCGAAGGGUGAAGCUAUGGAAGACGACACCACGGCUAGUUGGACGGAUGUUGAGACAAGGUGCGCUUUUGGUAUUGAAGGAAGACCUGGCCAGACAAAUCCAAGUAUUCACCACAGUGCAAAACGGCGAAAGUCGGACGAGAAAUCCUAAUACUAUAUACCUUUCGUGGUGUAAAACAAGCGAAAUGAUAUCUUCAUUUUGCUUACAAACAGCAAACGAUUUUUACACAAUUUUAUAUUUUGUUUGAGGAGGUGCUUAUACAUACUUCAUGUAAAUAGUUAGAUAGAUUCACAAUAAUUAUAUAUGCAUGUGAUAACGGGAUUGAUUUAAUUGUCUUUUACCCGGGGCUCGGUAUUGAUAUCAGUCUGGCUAUCUCACGCCAUCGUGUCUAUCCCAAGUAAUAAUAAUAUAUAUCGGUGGAAUAAAAUCGUAAAUAAAUACA